AUAGUAUGUCAGUCGUUAGCCGUCGUUCGCACAACGGUCACAAGUUCAGCGCACGGCUUUUGAACUUAACACGAGUAAAAAUUUAUUUGACGAUUUUCAACGUAAUCACCCCACCAGGUGAAUUCCGUGGCGUUCUUUAGGUAUGCGCUAAUUUCAGUGGAAGACGGUUUUUUUUGUUUAUAUCGAUCAUACGCCAAAAUUUAUUAUUUUGAUGACCAAACUUACUGGAAUUUUAAAAAUCGGGCUUUGAAAUGGUCCAAUGGUUGCUAUGGGUGGGCUACUUAGUAGCGUUAUGCCAAGGACUCGCAUUACGACACUCUAGACAUCAAAGUUUGGGAACACCAACAGCAGAAGAUAUAUUAGAACCUCAAAUUAUUAAUCAUGAUCCGGAUCGCGUUUUUAGACAACGGGCAUCAGAUAUGUUUGCUCAAGAACCGAAAUAUGCCGAAAAACGAAACGUUAAUCAUAGACAAAGUCGAUCUGAAUUUAAGAAUACCCAUGAUAAUGGUUUUAAUUCACCAGAAAAUAGCUAUAGUUCAUUUCAAACCAAUGAUCCGUUAAUAGUUCAAACAACAAAGGGCAAGAUCAGAGGAAUCACACAAGCCGCAUCCACCGGAAAAUUAGUUGAUGCAUGGCUUGGCAUACCAUAUGCACAAAAACCUUUAGGGGAGCUUAGAUUUAGACAUCCUCGUCCGAUAGAUCGUUGGGACAAAACGCAGCCUGAAACUGUUCUUAAUUGCACUACACCACCAAAUACAUGCGUUCAAAUUUUUGACAGGGUUUUUGGUGAUUUCCCAGGGUCUACAAUGUGGAAUCCAAAUUCUCCUGUGUCAGAAGACUGUCUCUAUUUAAACGUGGUUGUACCUAGACCAAGACCACAAAAUGCAGCUGUAAUGGUUUGGAUAUUUGGAGGAGGAUUUUAUUCAGGGUCUGCUACUUUAGAUAUUUACGAUCCUAAAAUAUUGGUAUCAGAAGAAAAUGUUAUUGUGGUUUCUAUGCAGUACAGACUAGCAUCUUUAGGGUUCCUAUAUUUUGAUACAGAGGAUGUACCAGGAAAUGCUGGACUUUUUGAUCAAUUAAUGGCCUUACAAUGGGUACAUGAUAACAUAAAAUUUUUCGGAGGUAAUCCAAGUAAUGUGACAAUUUUUGGUGAAUCAGCUGGUGCCGUUUCUGCUUCACUCCAUCUACUAUCGCCAUUAAGCAGAAAUUUAUUUAACCAAGCAAUUAUGGAAUCUGGUUCGUCAACAGCACCCUGGGCUAUUUUAUCUAGAGAAGAAAGUUUCAGAAGAGGAAUACGGCUCGCAAAAGCUAUGGGUUGUCCUCAUGAUAGCAAUAACAUUAGGAAAAUUAUAGACUGUUUACGACAGAUGAAUGGUUCAGAAAUAGUAGAAAAAGAGUGGGAUCAAAUGGAAAUUUGCCAGUUCCCGUUUGUUCCAGUUGUUGACGGUGCAUUUAUUGACGACUAUCCACAGAAAUCGUUGGCAACCAAUAACUUCAAAAAAACUAAUAUACUGAUGGGAAGUAACUCUGAGGAGGGUUACUAUUGGAUAAUUUACUACUUGACAGAACUUUUUAAAAAAGAAGAAAACGUUGAAGUAUCUCGUGACGAUUUCAUAAAGGCUUUAGGGAAAAUCAACCCACGUGCAGACCCAGUAGUUAGAGCUGCUAUUGCGUUUGAAUAUACGGACUGGUUGAGUCCGAACGAUCCAAUAAAAAAUCGUAAUGCUCUAGAUAAAAUGGUUGGAGAUUACCAAUUCACAUGUAAUGUAAAUGAGUUUGCUCACUUGUAUGCAAAAGCUGGCAACAACGUUUACAUGUAUUACUUUAAACAUCGUUCUCUUAAUAACCCCUGGCCAAAAUGGACAGGCGUAAUGCAUGGUGAUGAAAUUAGCUAUGUAUUUGGAGACCCACUAAACAAAUCAAAGAGUUAUGAACCCGAAGAAAUUGAUCUCAGUAAAAGAAUGAUGAGAUAUUGGACGAAUUUUGCCAAAACAGGAAAUCCAAGCAAGACAAUUGACGGUGAGUGGGUCAAACCUAGGUGGCCAAUUCAUACAGCUUAUGGAAAAGAAUUUUUGACAUUAGAUACGAAUAAUACAUCUACUGGUGUUGGACCACGUUUAGAGCAGUGCGCUUUUUGGAAAAACUAUGUUCCUAACAUUACAGCCAUUUCAAAGAGUAUGAAGUCUGAUAUAAAUUGUACUGCUAUGAGCGGAGGGACAAAAUUAUAUACUUUGUCACUAGGAAUUCUUAUGCUGACUUUUGUGGUUUUCAUGCUAUGAAUUUCUUUUUGUGCUAUUAAAAAAAAACAAUAAAUUGUAAUUAUUGAAAUGUUUAUGAAAAUAUAAAGCUGUUUAACAUUGCAAGACAUAACUCGUAAACAUUCAGUAUAGGUACAAGUUGGGCUUCCAGCAAAUACGUGCGCGCACAUAAUACUAAUAACAAGAAAAAAAUUUAUUUAUUUUCUUCCGAAAAAUUACUCUAGACCUGUGUUUUUACUAUACUGCGCUAGUUAUAUCUUAGCCGACCAAUUCUUUCGUCUAACGUUGACGAUUUUCUCACACAGUACUUAGGCUUAAUAAUUUUUUACCGUGUAUAUAUAUAUAUAUAUAUAUUAUUACAUACAAAUUAUUAUUGUUUAAACAAAUUUAUAAAUACAUACAACGUAUAUAUAUAUAUAUAUCUUUGUGUAUAACAUAUCAUUAUGUACCUUUUUAAUACAGUAGGUUAGUUUAUUGGUAAUUGAUUAGCCAAUGUAAUUUUACUUCAUCUAAAAAGGUCCUCUACUUUUGUUGUGGUUGUAUAGUAUUCUUUUGAUGUUGUUAUUAUUAUUAUUGUAAUUUUAGAUAAUUAUACACAAAAACCAUUUGAAGAUAAUUAGAUAAAUUUUGUUUACUUGAGAGUAAAAUUAAAUUCGUUGUAAUCUAACUAUAUACAUAUAAAUGAAUAGACUAGGAACGAUUGACCUUUUACGUGUUAAUAUAUGUUACUUUAUAAAAGAAUUUUUCGUAUAAGACUUGCUUAUUUUGCAUUAAUUCUAUGUAGCAAUUUUAAAUUUAUACAUAAAACUUUUUAAAAUAUCCUUGGCGAAUCCUCUUUUAUAUAAAUUUAUGUUAGUUUCAUGAAUCAUUUAUACUCGUUCUAGUCUAUUCGUUUAUACAUAUCUAUAAAUCUAACGUACAUUUUCAAAAUAGCACACUAAAUAUUUUCAAGAUAUACAUUACUCGUAAUGAUCCUAUGUUGCAUAAUGCCAUUGUGGUACUUAAAGCUUAAAACGUUGAACUUUGGUUCAUCACCGAUUUAGAUAAGUUAAUAAGAUAGGUAAUUAUAAAUACACAUUAAGCUUAUAUUGUAUAACUUUCGUAUUGUUUUCAAUGUUCUAUUUAUUGUUAAGCAUUCAUUCUUGUUAUACUUAAAGCUUAGUUUUACUAAAUGAACAAUUAACUGCCAUCAAUAUAAUCAUUUCUGAGUAUAUUAAAUGGAAUUAAAAAAAUAUAACAAUUCUAAUUAAUUACUGUUCUAAAUUUAUAAAAUGUUAUGUUAUUAUGAAAUACAUUAAUAUGCAGUGCAUUUGUCUUCAACAAUUAUUUAUUUAUGAGCGAUUUAAACAUAUUAGUUUUAAUUUAUAAAGUACCAAAAAUGUAUGGUUAGUAUGCAGUGCUCGAAUUGGGGGGUGCGCAGGGGGAUGUAGCUCGUCUACUUUUUUUAAAAUUUUUUUGCGCACCCCAACUACUUUUUUUUAUUGGGACGGGAGGACGGUGGAAAAUACCACCUCUUUUUUUUUUUUUAAAUAUUAGUAU